AUGGCGGCGCGAUAUCCAACGCCUCUGGUUCGAGGUGGAGCGUCGACAAUACGGACCUCGACCCGAUCGAGACAUGCUCAAAGUAAUGUCCUCCUUCCCUUCGGUGUGAUCGGUUCCCGGAAUAGGAUCGACUUCGCAAUCGGUGCCUCCGCCUCUGGCUCCCGUUCGGAAGCUCCGCACCUGUUGCUCCCCUGUCGAUCACCCCGAAGGACAUUAUCGACCAGUUCGAGUCAUUUAGCAUGGUUACCCCAACUCCCCUUCAGCUCAUCCAAGUCGUCCAAGUCGGCGUCGGCGUCGAUCCUCGCUUCGAACCCGAUCGCCGAUCCGUUGACGUUGCUCUCGCGGGAACUCGGCGCUUUACGCUCCAACGUGCAAUCCCUCCUCGGAUCAGGCCAUCCUUCGCUCGACACGAUCGCGAAAUAUUAUUUUCAAGCCGAGGGCAAACACGUUCGACCGAUGGUUGUCUUAUUGAUGAGUCAGGCGACGAACGGUCUGGCUCCCGGAUGGAAAGGACGGAGGGAACAGGCCUGGUUACGCGAGGAGAAGAACAUCGAUGAUGCUUUGGAACGACGCGACGUGCUCAAUGACGAUAACCCCGACUUGUUACAAGCCGCCAAAUCCUUCUUUUCCGAUCCCCUCGCCGCUUUCAAAGGAGGGGAAGCUUUGGGCAAAUCGACGACGAGGACUUCGGCCGGAUUGGAUCCGCCGAAUGGUGGAUCGAGUUUGUUGCUUCUUCCCUCUCAACGGAGAUUGGCCGAAAUCACCGAAAUGAUCCACGUCGCUUCCCUCUUACACGACGACGUCAUCGACCUAGCCACGACGCGUCGAGGAGCCCCAUCUGCGCCUUCGCUCUUUGGCAACAAAUUGUCCGUGCUCGCGGGGGACUUUCUCCUCGCUCGAGCAUCGUUGGCACUUUCACGUUUGGGCUCGAACGAAGUCGUCGAAUUGGUCGCUUCCGUUUUGGCCAACUUGGUCGAAGGUGAAGUGAUGCAAAUGAAAGGCAACGUACCCCUUCACGUCACCAAAUCCUCGACGUCCCUAUUCCCCUCCACACCAACACCCAACAAACUCACGCCCGAAAUUUUCGAACAUUAUAUGAAAAAGACGUACCUCAAAACGGCCAGUUUGAUUGCGAAAUCGACCAGGGCGACGACGGUAUUGGCGGGGUGUGGAGUUGGUCAGGGUUGGGCACCGGGGGAAAGGAUCAAGGACAUUGCGUAUAUCUAUGGCAGGAAUCUAGGGAUCGCUUUUCAGGUACGUACGAAAGGUUUUUACGCGGCACUUUUGAGGAUUAAUUGGUCCUCGACCUACUACCCUAUUCACGCACAGCUAACGGACGACAUGUUGGACUUCACCUCCUCCGCUGCUGAAUUGGGCAAACCGGGGGGAGGGGCCGAUUUGAAGUUGGGUUUGGCGACCGCUCCAGCUCUUUAUGCAUGGGAGGAGUUCCCAGAGUUGGGCUUGAUGAUUGAACGUAAAUUUUCCGAGAGGGAUGAUGUGGAGCGGGUACGUAGGGGAGGCGGUUCUUGGGAGGGGUUUUCGGUGCGAUGCUUACACCCUCUUUGUCAUUGGGUUUGCCCACCAGGCCAUCAAUAUGAUCUCCCGUUCCUCCGGUGCGGAGCGGACGUUCGAACUGGCGCAACGACAUAGUCAAGUCGCGAUUGAUGCGUUGAAAGGUUUACCUGAAAGUGCGGCAAGGGACGAGUUGGAGAGGAUCGCGAGGGAGACGGUGAAGCGGAAGAAGUAG